AUUAAUAUAUUUCUACUUCAACGUAAAUAGGUGUAUCUAAUAUAUAUAUUUAUUACUCGGAAACUGGUUGUGUUUCAUCACGCGCUAACUCAAAUUAUUUUAAAAAUGAUACGUGUAAAGUUUAUUGAGUCUGUAUUAACUAGAAGUGGAAACCCAAUGUGGAAAAGAUAUGCGGUUUCUUGUAUAUAUGGUUCAAAAUACAGUACCAACACUAAGGAAGAUGAUUUUGACCCUGAUAAGCCUGUGAAAUAUUCAACUUCUCCAGCUGCAAAGUGGCCUGCUAAUGGUUAUAAUCCAAGUCAAGAUGUACCAAAAUAUCAAGGAAUAAUUGUAUCACUAAGUGUAACAAUUUUCCUUGUUUAUUUUUGCAUACUUAGAGAAGAGAAUGACAUUGACCAAAAAUUAACUAAGAACAUGGAUCCAGAAGUGGAACAAUUCCUCUUUGGACUCAAAGCCAAACAAGACACAUCUUUCAAAAAUCUAAAUCAAUGAAUGUAGUCUUAACAUGAAAAUGUAAAAUAGAAAGAUAGUUUUAUUAAAUUAUAUAAAAUUAUAAAUAAAUUCUUA